GGGACAGCUGGUCUCCUGGCCGAGGCGCCUCUGUCCAAGCACAGUCACCCAGAGCAGUGGGCACUUACUGUAUACCAGAGAGGCCCUGGGUCACACGGAUGAGUCACCUCAGUCAGGCGCACACCCAGCGCCAGCAAGAGCCGAGCUAGGUGGAGGAGCUCUCAGAAGUCCCGGCUGCCACCCAGGACCCUCCUUACCACCCUCAGUGAUGCCUCCUCACCAUGUCUCGUUGGCUCAGUGUGGUCCCCUCAUGUCCAGUCCAAGGGGGAUUGUCUGAGCCGCUGCCCCACGCCUGAGCCCCCAUGGCGGGCACUGGGGCAGCGAGCUGGAGGCGGCCACAGCGGGUGAGCAUGCAGGAGCACAUGGCCAUCAAUGUGAACCCAGGACCCAUCCGGCCCAUCCGCCUCAUUUCUGACUACUUCCCGCACUUCUACCCCUUCACUGAGCCCGCCCUGCGUGCCCCAGAUCCACACCCUGCAGUGGCCCCCACCGUCCACUCUGCACCCCAGCCGCAGCCAGAGCCAGAGCCAGAGGGAGACUCGGAUGACAGCACUACCCUGGGCACCCUCGAGUUCACACUUCUUUUUGAUGCGGACAACAGCGCCCUGCACUGCACUGCCCACCGAGCCAAGGGCCUCAAGCCACCAGCCUCAGGCUCCUUAGACACCUAUGUCAAAGCCAAUCUGCUGCCAGGGGCCAGCAAGGCCAGCCAACUGCGGACACAUACAGUUCGGGGCACAAGGGGACCUGUCUGGGAAGAGACGCUCACUUAUCAUGGCUUCACCCACCAGGAUGCUGGGAGCAAGACCCUGCGGUUGUGUGUAUGUGAGGACCCGUGGCUGCAUCGACGGAGGCGAGUGCCUCUCCUGGGGGAGCUGCGGGUACCCCUGAGGAAGCUGGUGCCCAACCAAGCCAGGAGCUUUAAUGUGUGUCUGGAGAAGCGGAGGCUGACCAAGAAGCCCAGGAGCCUGGACACAUCCCGUGGCAUAUCCCUGUAUGAGGAGGAGGUAGAGGCAGAGGUGGCUGGGGAGGAGCGUGGGCGCAUCCUGCUGUCCCUGUGCUACAGCUCUCAGCGGGGUGGCCUGCUGGUGGGGGUGCUGCGCUGCGCCCACCUUGCUCCCAUGGAUGCCAAUGGCUACUCGGACCCCUUCGUCCGCCUAUUCCUGCAUCCAAAUGUGGGGAAAAAAUCUAAAUAUAAGACCAGUGUUCGGAAGAAGACCCUGAAUCCCGAAUUCAAUGAGGAAUUCUUCUAUGCAGGCGCAAGGGAGGAGCUGGCCCAGAAGACAUUGCUGGUGUCUGUGUGGGACUAUGACCUGGGCACAGCGAACGACUUCAUUGGCCUGGUGCAGCUGAGUGGCCAGGCCAGUGGAGAGCGCCAGCGGCACUGGAGAGAGUGCCUGGACCACAGUGACCAGCGGCUGGAGCUGUGGCAUGUGCUGGAUGGUGCGCCCCUCCAGCUCAGCGACUAGCUGGGGCACCUGGCCUGGCCCUGCUCACCGCUUCUCCCCCAGACUGACCCAGACAUCUCCACAGAGUUGGGAGGACCUGGGGCUGCCUCAGCCACCGUGCGCAGCCCCUAGUCAAAUUGUUUCCUCCCUUCUCCCCUUUCAAAUUUGCCCACUACCAAAUGAGGAAGCAGGAAUA